CGUUGUUCAAUGGCUAAAAACUCGGGUGUGUGCUGCGCGCAGAGCAUGUGAAAAAUUGACAACGUUUGCGCCAGAUAACAUAUACGUUGCGAAUUUAUUUAUAACAAAUUCACGAAAAUUAACCGAGAGCAGUGCAUAUGUGUAAAUAGAUAAAAGGAAAUCAAGAAAAUAAAAAAAAAUUAUAUAUAUAUAUAUAUAAAUAAUUGAUUUGUUGUGCAAAGCAAAGAGUGUAGCCAAAAAAAAAAAAAAUGCAAUCGCAUUAAGGCAACUGUUGUUGCCCAGUUGCAGCAACAACAGCAAACCCGAAUAGCAACUAAAAAUUAAUAGUUUAACUUGAAAAGAAAAUAAUACGUGGAAAUCUAAAAGAAAUCCAAGUGUUAACAUUAAAGCGAAAAUUUUUUUUUUUGUGGGGCAUUUCCGAGAGAAUGUCGCAGUGCAAUAAUGUUGCAACUGUCGGCAGCAGCAAGAGCAACAACAACAACAACAACAGCAACAGCAACACGUUAACACCACCACCACCACCAAACAAAUCAAUCAAUUCUGCGGCCAACAACAAGUGUUUAAGCCAAAAGAGUUCGGCAUGAAAUGGAAGCAGCUAUACGCUCCACUUCAGUGCAGGUCGGUGCUCCGCCGCCCACAAACAACAACAACAAUAACAACAACAACAACAACAAUAACAGCAGCAGCAGCAGCAACAACAGCAACAGUAGCAGCAGCAACAACAACACAUCCAAUAGUGCGCAGCAGCAGCAGCAACACCAACACCAUCAGCAGCAGCAGCAGCAGCAGCAGCAUCACCAGCAGCAACGAGUUGUCGCCAGUAGCAACCAGCAACAACAAUUGCAACAGCAGCAGCAGCAGCAGCAGCAGCAACAGCAGCAGCAGCAGCAGCAGCAGCAACAGCAGCAUGAUAAUGGACCCACGGCCCAUCAUUUGCAUCAAUCAUCUAUCAGCAUCUCUAAUCAACAGAAUAAAGCAACGCAACAGCAGCAACACCAAAAGCAGCAGCAGCAGCAGCAACAGCAACAGCAACAGGCUGCCAAUAUGUCCGCGUAUCAGCAACGCCUGCCAUCAAAUGCACCUUCGCUUCACAGCCCCCACUGGUCGUACAGGGCCCUCGAGCUGCCACAGUAUGCCAAGCAGGUGGCGCAGCUACAGCAGCAGCAGCAACAGCAGCAGCAACAGCAGCAGCAGCAGCAUCAAUCGCACCACCAGCAACAGCAGCAGCAGCAGCAGGACCAGCGCACCACUCUGCAUCCGCAGAUCCACCACCACCACCAACAGCAGCAGCAGCAGCAGCAGCAGCAGAUGCAACAUCAGCAGCAGCAGCAGCAGCAAUCCUCGAGAUCGGCGGCCAGUCCUUUGUCACCACCUCGUCCUGGAAAUCCUGGUAGCGGCAACAGCAGCAGCGGCAGCAACAGCAGUAAUUCAGCAGCAGCAGCAGCAGCAGCAGCGGCAGCGGCGGCGGUGGCCGUCAAUACCGGUUACCCGCCACCGCCCCCGCAGCAUCGUUUUAUCCAGAACACGGGCUACAGCAUUGGUCCGGCGCCCACCUACCGUGAGAGUCACUACUCGCGUCACACCCAAAUUCAGCAGCAGCAGCAACAGCAGCAACAGCAGCAACAACAGCAGCAGGCAGCAGUAUCGAUGCCCGAGUAUCAAAGGGCAGCGGCUCGGGCUGCCGUGGCAGCGGUUUCGGCGGGUAAAGGCAGCGCUUCUGGCCAGAGUUCCAACAGCGGCAGCAACAGCAGCGGCGGAGGAGGAGGAAGUGCCGGUGGAUCAGCUCCACCCGGUGGCGGUGUCGUCCAGGUGUCGCAAUCCGGCGGAGUUCUGGUCAUGGAGGCCAUGCCCCAUUAUGCCAGCCAACCAAAUAGUAAUCCCUCCCAGCAGCAACAGCAGCAGCAGCAACAGCAGCAGCAGCAGCAACAACAGCAAGGCGGCGGUCCCAGUGGCGCAGGAGCAACAUCUGUUGCUGGUGGCGGCGGCGGCGGCGGCAGUACCAGCAUAAUGGUUGGCAAUCUGGGGCGCAUCCUGGUGCCCCACUCACAGGCUCUCCAAUACACCAGCGAGUACCUGACCAAUGCCACUGCGGUGGCCGUUGCUGCGGCGGCGGUCAACCAGCGACAGCAAUUGCAGCUCCAGCAGCAGCAGCAGCAGCAGCAACAUCCGCCCGAGCCAUUUGGCGGCCAGCAGCCGUACAAAAAGCAACGUCUGAGCGAGGCCAAUGCCAGCAACAUGAAUCACCUGCCACCUCACCCGCAGCAACAGCAGCAACAGCAACAGCAGCAGCAACACCAGGCACACCAGCAACACCAGCGAUCCUCACCAGCGCAAGUGCAACAGCAGCAACAACAGAUGAACAGCAGUCGGCAGAGUCACAAUGAUAUGUGCAGACAACAAGUGGUCACCACGCCAAUGGGCAUGCAACUCAAGGUGGAAACGCUGCCCCAGCAGCAGCAGCAGCAGCAACAACAGCAGCAGCAACAUCAACAGCUGCAGCAACAGCAACAGCAACAGCAUGCCUCACAAUCCCAGAACCGAUCGCAGCCACCAGUGAGCAGCAUGUCCUCUGGAGUGGGUAUGCCAGUGGGCACUGUCACCGUUUCCAUGGCCGGAUCGUCUGGCAGUCACGGCGGCAGCAGUCAUGUUGUCGCCGGAACGGGCUCCGGAAGUACGGGAUCCGCCAGCACAGAAGCCUAUCACCCUCAGGUGGAGGCCAUCUCACCUACGUUGCCCAGCGACAGUUCAAUCGAGGAACGUGGACGGACCAGCGCCAAGGAGGAUCUGCUCAUGCAGAUCCAAAAGGUUGACAACGAGAUCAAGUCCGCCGAGACGACAAUGGAAACGCUGCGCAAGAAGGAGAAAUCACUGAUGGAGGAGGCCGCUCUGGCCAAAGAGGCGAAGGCCAUCAAGGAGCGCAACGAUAACAACAACGAUCACAACGAUGAGCAUGAGGACGAGGCGGCUGUGGAGCUGGCCUGGCGCAGUCAAAUGCUGGCAAUGAAAAUCUACGCGGCCAAUCGGAAGACGGCCCAUGCGCAACAUUCCAUGCUGCAGAAUGCAGCAGCAGCAGCAGCAGCAGCAACCGAUGAAUCCUCAGCGGGUUCCGUUGCGGGCAGACCCUGGCUACCGCUCUACAAUCAGCCCCUCGACGUGGAGGCCCUUACCCUGCUGAUACGUCAGCAUCAGAGUCAAGUGCGGGCACCCCUGCUCCUGCACAUCCGGAAGCUGAAGGCCGAACGAUGGCUGCACAAUCAGGGUCUGGUGGAGAAGUACACCAAGGAGCAGGCGGAUUGGCAGCGCCGUUGCGAACGGUUGGAGGCCAGUGCGAAGCGAAAGGCACGCGAGGCCAAGAAUCGUGAGUUCUUCGAGAAGGUGUUCACGGAAUUGCGAAAACAGCGCGAGGAUAAGGAGCGUUUCAAUCGCGUCGGUUCGCGUAUUAAAUCCGAAGCGGAUCUCGAAGAGAUCAUGGAUGGGCUGCAAGAGCAGGCACUGGAGGACAAGAAGAUGCGAUCGUAUGCGGUUAUACCGCCCCUAAUGCACGAUGCCCGCCAGAGGCGAUGCGCCUAUCACAAUGAAAACGGACGCAUCGAGGAUAUGGUGGCGGUGCAUCAGCAGCGUAAGGCACUCAAUAUGUGGACAGCCGGUGAGAAGGAGACGUUCAAGGAGAAGUAUUUACAGCAUCCGAAAAAUUUUGGUGCCAUUGCGGCCAGUUUGGAUCGUAAAUCGCCUCAGGAUUGCGUACGCUACUACUACCUCAGCAAGAAGACCGAGAAUUACAAGCAACUGUUGCGUAAAUCCCGCCAACGGACGCGCAGUUCACGCAAUCCGGCAAAGGCUCAGGCCGCCCAGCCGCAGUGCAUCAUUGAUUCAAUGACCACGGGCGUAAUGACGCGACUGCAGCGUGAGCAACAGCAAAAGUCCGGUGGCCGUUCAUCGGCCGUUGCCGAACGGGAACGAGCGGAACGGGCUGCCGAACGGGAACGGGUGGCAGAGAAAGCGGCAGCGGAUGCGGCCAAGGCGGCCGAAAGUGCCGCCGAGAAGGCUAGUGCUGCAACCAAAGCUGUCGAGGCGACGGCCGCCGGUGAAAAGGUGGCCAAAGCGGCUGCAGCAGCUGCGGCGGCAGCAGCAGCAGCAACAACAACAACAACAGCAGCAGCAGCAGCAACAGCAGCAGCAGCAGCAACAACAGCAGGAACAACAACAGCAAGUCCCGCAGCAGCAGCAGCAGCAGCAGGAGGAGCAGCGGAUAAAACGGAAGCAGCAGCAGCAGCAGCAGCAGCAGCAGGGAAGUCGGCAAAUGCCAGUGAAAAGAAUGCGGCAACAGCAGGAGGUGCCACAACAGCAGCAGCAGCAGCAGCAGCAGCAGCAGCAUCAUCAGCAACACCAGCAACAGCAAUACCUGCAACACCACCAGAGAUCUCAGCGGGCGGCGGCGAGGCAAAGAGCAAAACCGCCGAGGAGGAGGCGGCAGCAACAGCCGGAGCGGCCACCGUGGCCACGACCGGCACACCAGCGAGUGGAGCCAGUGCGGCCAGUGCCGGCGAGGCAACGACGGCGACGGGAGCAACGGCCACGGCUGCCGCCAAGGGAGCCGGCAAACCGGAAACUGCGACCGAGCCAGCGGGUACGGCGGCCAAGGGAGCGGACUCCCGGGCGGAAGGCAACGAUCCGUUGGCCAAAACUGGUCCCAAAGCUGUCAAUGCCGAGGGCUAUAAUGCCAACGGUGGCAGCAACACCACAUCUGCCGCUGCAGCGCCACAGGGCGUAACGUUGAACGGCUUUAAGCCUGGCUACCAGACCGUGGUCAUGGCCAAUUUGAAGGCGACUCCGGGUGGCGAGGAAUCAGCGUCCGGUGGAGCAGCACCUGGUUCUGGAGCAGCGGCGAAUGCCACGGGCACGACGGUUGGCGAUAAAAUCGUCAAGACAACACCGCCCACAAGGGCUCCUUCGAAUUCCACAUCAUCGUCGACGGCAGCGGGUGAAAGUGGUGCUGGUAGUGGAGUGCCCACCUUUGCCCAUACGGCCACCACGGCUGGCAACUAUCUUGGCCAAAAACUAAAGGCGGCCCAGGUCGAGGGAUUGGGAGCCGGCAAUGAUCUGCACUCGGAUGUUAGUGAAUCCAAGAGGAAGCGUUUCGAACUGAAUUCUGGUGAGGCGACCGGUAAUGCAACAUCGGCUAAUGCCAAUAGCAACACCAGCGGCAACAGCAACAGCAACAGCAACAUUAGCAACAACCAUGGCAUGAAGGCCAAUGCCAAAGACGCUUCGAUUGGCAAAUUAUCGCUGCCAUCGGCGUCUUCCACUUCGGUGGUCACAUCCAUUGCGGCGGCGGCGUCCUCGUCAUCGAUGUUGCUGAUCAGUGCCGCCUCCAUAAUGUCCACCGCAUCGGGAGCCAUCUCCUCCAGCACGGCGACCACCACGGCCACGGCUACGGCGACCUCAAUGCCUUUACUGGCGGACGGAAGCGCCAACUCAAUGGUCAACGCCUCCGACAUUCUCGCCCUCGAUGGCAAAGACAAACUGGCCAGCUGCUUUGUGUGCAAGGCGGAGGCGUGUCCCCGCACCCGCCCACUGAAAAAGGGGCGUGGCCAGCAAUACGGCAUUCCGGACGACACAAUACCGACGGGGGCGCGUGUCUGCAAUAGCUGCCAAUGCAAAUCGGUGCGCAGUCGUUAUCCCAACUGUCCGCUGCCCACAUGUCCCAAUCCAAAGGAUCGAGCCCAACGCCUGCGGAACAUUCCCUCCCGUCUCUUUGAACUUGCUGCGGAGUUGCGUGAUCCGGUGAUGGCCGAAUUCCAAAUACCCCCGCAUGCCACACGCUGCUGUUCGGCCUGCCUGAUGCGCAUCCGUCGCAAACUGGAUCCGCAGCUCAAUCUCACCGACGGCUCCAACGCUGGCAACGCUGGCAGUGGCAGUGGUGGCGAUGAGACGGAUGUCAGCACCUCCUCCUGCGACGAACGCGAACCGGGUGGCUCCGAUACCGCAUCCGUGGAGAGUCCAGAGAAUUUGCAGCGUCACAAGUCACUAACGAUGGUCAAACAGCAUCAUCAGCAGCAGCAUCUCCAGCAGCAGCAGCAGCAGCAUCAGCAUCUCCAGCAGCAACAGCAACAGCAAUUGCAGCAUCAGCAGCAGCAUCUCCAGCAGCAGCAGCAACAGCAAUCAACGGGUCAACUUACACAGCCACAGCCACCGCCAGCACCACAACAGAAGCCAUCGACACCGCGGGGAGACAACAAUGCAACGCCGCUGAUAAUCACACCCACGCGGAUGAGCAGCAAGGCGGGAUCGGCGGUGGGAGGACAAACGUCUUCCGCCGGUGAUAAUGAACGCCUGUUGCCACCAGCCGCCGGACAAGCGCCCAAGAAGCAAAAGACCAGCGAGGAGUACGAUUCAUCGGCGACGGAAACGGCCGAUGAGGAGAAUGAGAAUUCGCCGGCCAAUCGACAGAGUCCGAAAGUGCUGUUCCAUGGUCACGCUGCUGGCGGACAUGGUCAUGUGGGGCAUGUCAAUAAUGUGUCGGGUUUGCAGCCACCGGUGGCGGGUGGAAAUAUGGUGGCGGGUGGAGGAGCACCAACAGCACCCGGAGGAGGAGGAGCACCUGGUCAGCAGGUGAAUGGACCGAUCAGUAUGCGACGCGAGGCGGUCAACAAUGUGCAGGAUUGUGUGUUCUCGGUGAUUGAGCGUUCGCUGAAGCACAAGGGACCGCAACACAAAGGCGGUCAAGGGCAGGGUCAAGGUCAAAGUCAGGGUCAAGGUCAGGGUCAAGGUCAGAGCCAAGGACAAGGCCAGGCCCCAGGACAAAGCCAAUCCCCGUCGCAGCAACAACAGCAACAGCAACAGCAAUCUGUCAAUAAUCUGGAACGCAAAGAGCUGACCAUUGUGAGGGAAUAUCGCCAGGAUGCGGGAAUACUAAAGCAACAAUCCGGUGGAGCAGCACCACCAUCGUCUGGCGGAGCGAGUGGCCUGCCACAUGGCACCUCCGUCCAGAAGCUAACAUCCCGGCCAGCAGCUGUGGUGCAGCAGCAGCAGCAGCAGCCGCCACCGGCACAUCCCAUGCCAACCACCAGUGCUGGCAACUCCGGCAACAGUGGCAGCAACAAUGGAACCAGCGAUAGCCUAGCCACCUUAUCGGUGGUUAAUUCUCACCUGGGCGUGGGCGUGGGCGUGGGCGUUGUGGGACCCCUCAGUCAUUCGGCGCUGAUGGCCCAUGCCGCCUCCGCUGGAGUUGGAGUCGGAGUUGGUGUGGACAAGGCCACCAUUACGCCGGUGGUCAAGGGUUCGAGUGGUUCGUCAAAGAGUGCGUCCAGCCACUCGACGCCGACGCCGCCGCAGGAAACCAUCAUCUACAAUGUGCCAGCGGCGCAUCCGCAACGUGGGAUACCACCACCGCCGUUGCCGCAGCAUUCGGUGCAUUCAGUGCAUCCGGUGCAUCCAUCGCUGGCCCAGCAUCCGGUGCAUCCGCAACAGCAGCAUCCGUCGCAUGGCCAGCAUCCGCAGCAUUCGCAGUUGCAGGUGCCCGAACCGGAACCCCAAACUUUGGAUCUGAGCAUCAAGAAGCCACCGCGCGAUGGCCAUUCACCGCACACCGGUGGUUCGAGUGGAUCCGGAUCGGGAUCGGGAUCGGGUGCGGGUGCGGGCGUUUCAUCCACCGAUCGCCAUCAUGGCCCACCACCGCCCAGCAUGUCGAUGAAGCAUAUUGUACGCUCCACGAACAUGUAUCGCGGCGACACCGUUGGCGUCCCAUCGCUGGCGGCACCACCCAACUCCUAUCUGUAUCCCAAUCCGCCGCAUGGCGUGCUCAAGGCCGCCGGCGGUGUGGGCGUCGUGCCGGGCGUUGUGCUGCCCGGUGUGCCCGGCAGUGCCCUUUAUCUGCAGCCCGUUCCGGGUCCAGUGCCCAUUUCCAUCUCGGGUCAGGGUCAAUUGCCGCCCAGAGCGGGACAACCGCCGCCGGCACAACCGCCGUCGGUCCGCAGCGGUUUGGCCAAGGCGCCGCCCAAGCUGAGUCCCCAGCAGUCUCAUCAUCUGCAUCCCAGCCAUGGACACUCACCCUCGCAACAGCAACAGCAGCAGCAACAACAGCAACAGCAGCAACAACAGGCGGCUGCAGCAGCAGCAGCAGCGGCAGCAGCACAACAACAGCAGCAGCAACAACAACAGAUGCUGGUGAAGAGCGGCUCCAUCACCCAUGGCACGCCCACGAAUAGUGCCCAACAGCAGAUCAUUGUCCAUGCAGCAGCGGCGGCUGCGGCAGCAGCAGCAGCAGCAGCCUCCUCCUCAUCCUCCUCGCUGCUCAGUCCCAAGUUCGAGGGUCAUGUGCGCCAGACGACGCCCGACGGUGGCGUCAACGCGAGCCCAGUUGGACCCGUGGGCGGCAACAAGCAUGGCUCCAUCACGCAGGGCACACCGUUGCACUUGCCACCGCAUCACUUGGAGAGCAAACGGGCCUACGAGUUCUACAAGAGUUCACAGCGCCAUAGUCCCGCCCAGCAGCAGCAGCAGCAGCAGCAGCAGCAGCAGUUGGUUGGCAAUCAGCAGUUGCCGCCGCCACCGCAGCAAUCAUCGCCGCAGGCACCACCACCCCAGGGCUAUGGAGUGGGCGUGGGCGUUGUCUCACCCUAUGCCCGUACCUCGUUUGGCGGUGUGGUGGAUCAGGCACCGGUCCUAAGUACGCGCCAAAUAGUGAUGCACGACUACAUCACGUCGCAGCAAAUGCAGGGACAACAGCAGCAACAGCAGCAGCAGCAACAGCGCAACAUGUCACGCGGCAGCAGUGCCAGUGGCGGCGGCGGCGGAGGAGGCGGUGGCUCCGACAAGGAGUCGCCGUCGCCGCGGAACAGUGUGGGCAGCGCCGGGGGAUUCGCCUACGGCGGGGACAAGGAUCCGGCGCCCAGGGGACGAACGGAUUACUCCAGUCGCGCAUCGCCAGCAGAUCAUGCCAACAGCACCCCAAGUCCGCAUCGCACACCGCCACCGCAGCGGCAGGGCGUCAUCCAGCGGCACAAUACUGGGUCGAAGCCACCAUCGCCGGCAGCGCCGCCACCAAGUCGGAUGCACAUAGCGCCACCGUAUCAAUAUGCUCCAGCCGGACACGAUGCUUUGGCCUCGUUUGUGGACGUGGCCGUGCAGCAGCCGCAGUUGCCGGUGCCGUCGCAAAAGGACGACAAGUCGCCGGGUGCAACAGUGCCGCCGCCACCGCUCGGUGCUGGUCCGCCGCCGCCGCCGCCGCAUGGCCCCUCGUCCCUGCCCACACUGGCUGUGGUGGGCGUGCCGCAGCAACCGCCACCGAGCGCCCAUCACGAUCAGCGGUAUCGUGAUCUGGCCCUGCAUCACCAUCACACCAUGGUGCAGCAGCAGAUGGUGCAGCAGCAGCACUACCGCAGUCUCAAUGUGGCCGCCCAGGUCGAUAUGCAGCGCCAUUUGCAGGAUCAGGCCAAGCGGGCGCUACGCCAGCAACAUCAGCAGCAACAGCAACAGCAGCAGCAACAGCAGCAGCAGCAGCAUCAACAGCAUCAGGCCCAGCAGCAGCAUAACCAUGCCCUCGAGCGGGACAGAGAGAUGCUGCAGAGUCAGGAGCGAAUGCGCGAACGAGAUCGUGAGCGGGAAAGGGAACGUGAGCGGGAGCGAGAGCGUGAACGAGAACGUGAGCAGCGGGAAAGGGAACGAGAACGUGAGCGGGAACGUGAGCGGGAACGGGAACGCCGCGAACAGGAUCGCGAACGGCGCGUGGUGGUCGAAGAACGUGAGCGGGACAGUCGACGCAUGGAGCGCAUGUUCGCCGGCAGUGUGGGCACUGCAUCUGGUGGCGCCGGAGGCGGCGGUCCGUCGCCCGGCCACUUUAUACGCGCUCCGGUGCCGGAGACCGGACCACCACGCUCCAUUCCAGAUCGCGAACGAGAGCCUUACUAUCGUGCGGCACAUGGCGGCCCCACUCCCGAGGAUGCACCCGGCCAACUGAGUGCCCAGAGUCUGAUCGACGCCAUCAUCAAGCACGAGAUCAAUCGCACCAACGACGCCACCGCCGGUCCGGGACGUGAGUUCCCGCGCCCGUCCUUCGUCCACGCCCCCCCGCCGCCGCCACGCGGUUCCGGCGGAGCGGGAGGCGCUGGCGGCACCCGAUCCUCGCUCUACCUGCGCGAUCUUCGCCAGCCGCACGAAGGCGGCGCCGUGUCGCUGCUCUCGGCGGAGAACAAUGGCAAGCCCAGUUCAUCGGGAUCGCCCAGUGUGAUCAACAUUGAUUUGGAUCAGGAACGCAUCUCGGCAGCAGCAGCCGCAGCAGUUGCCCAACAGCAACAGCAGCAGCAACAACAGCAACAGCAGCAACAAGCUCCACCACCCUCGUCGCAGUCGUCGCAAUCGAGAUCGGUGCAUGGUCAGUUGAGAACACCAACCUCGCAGUCUGGCGGAUCGGCUCCGAGUCCCCAGCAGACGCACACCAAGAGCAUCACCUUCGGCGAGCUAACCGAUUCGAUAAUCACCAAUGACUACGGCACCAAUCCGCAUCUGCGGCCAACGCCGCCCUUCAUGGCUUACCUGCAGGAGGCGCAGUCCAUUUUGCCACCGGAUCGCUGGAAGCAGAAUCGUCGACUUCAGCAAAAGGCCGAGGAGGCCAAACACCAUUCGCAGCAGCAGCAGCAGCAGCAGCAGCAACAUCAUGCCCAACAGCAGCAACAUCAUGUCCAGCAGCAACAGCAACAUCAUUCACAAAUGCCGGGCAGCGGUUCCGGAUCCGCACCAGGUGGUGCCGGUGGCGGCGGUCCGGGCGGAGCACCUGGUGGCCCCAGUGGCGGCGGCAGCGGCGGCAGAUCCAAUACACCCGGCGAAGAUGGACGCAACAUAAUCCGCAUGCCGCAGGCAGUUAGUCCGCGCAAAUUCACCCACGAGAUGAUGAUGCAUCAGGUGAUGGGCGCAGCAGCGGCGGCAGCGGGUGGUGAACCAGCCCAUUACUUCUUGCCGGCGCCGGGUCGUGCAUUAGUUCCCAUGCCGCCGGAGCAACGUGGAGGGCCGGGUGGCGGCGGCGGCGGCGGCGGAGGAGCAUCCGGCGCAGGAGGACCACCCGGCUCGGGAGGCGGAGGAGGAGGAGGAGGAGGCGGUGGUGGUGGUGCCAGCACCAUUGACAACUAUGUCAAGAAUCGCAUCGCCGAGGUGAUGCGCGAUGACAUUGGCUAUGGCAAGAAUCGUGGCAGCGUAGAGGUUCGUUCCGACGACGAAGUGACCGCCGAUCUGGUGGCCGCCCACUCGCAUGCCGCCGUCCAUGCCGCUCAUGUGGCCCAUGCCGCUCAUGUGGCCCAUGCCGCCGCCGCCGCCCUGGAGCUGCAGCACAGAAGCAAGGAGCCACCGCCGCCGCCGCCGCCGGAGAUAAGUGUCUCACGCAAGACGCCCAAUCAGUACGAGGUGGUGGACGCCAGCGGCAGACGUUCGGCGGGCAGCGGCGGCGUCGGUGGCGGCGGUUCCGUUUCGGUAUCCGUUUCGGGGGCCAACAGUCACCACUCGCCGUACCAUGCACCGCCGUCGGCCUAUGUCCCCAGCACCUAUGCCUUUCCCUACAGCGCCCUGACUGUGCCCAGUGCCGCUGGCGGAUUGCCGCCGCCGCAGCCGCUGCAACUGGCCGCCCACCAGUCGGUGCCACCGGUGCCCGGCCAUCUGAGUGCCAAGGCCAAGGCGGCGCAUGCCCUCAGCGAACUGGGCGGCGGCGGCGGCGGUGGAGGAGGAGGCGCAGGCGGAGGAGGAGGCGGCGGCGGAGGAGGAGUAGGAGGAGCCGGUGGCGGAGUGUCGCUGGUGGUGGGCAGUAGUGGCUCGGGCGGAAUGGGUGGCGGUGGUGGACCCGGUGGUGUGCCCGGCGGUGGCAGUGGAUCCGGUGGCGGUGGUGGACCUGGCAGUGUUGGCGGUGGAGGCAGCGGCGGAGGAGGAGGAGGACACAAUAGCGGCGUAUCAUCGGGAUCAGCGGCUGCUGUGAACGCUUCGGCGUCGGCGGUGGCGGCGGCCAGCGAACCGAAGCCACUGCUGUCGUCCAAGUACGAGGCCCUCAGCGACGAAGAUUAGUUGUGACUGCCGGCGUCGUCCUCGGCGUCGGCGUCGCACCUGCGGCCAGCAGCAAUAGCAGUAGCAGCAGCAGCAGCAGCAGCGGCAGCAGCAGCUGCAGCACUUCCACCCGGCAGCAGCACGAGCGUGGUCUACGGCUAUCCUGGCUACCGGCGACACUCUCAGCAUCAACAGCAACAGCAACAACAACAGCCACCACCACCAGCACCACCACCACAUCCGCAUCUUGUCCAGCAGCAGCAGCAGCAGCAGCAGCAACAGUCGCCGCAUCGCCAGCAGCAGCAGCAGCAGCAACUCUACCAAAACACAGUGCUGCCGCCGCCAUUGCAGUCCCAGCAGCAACUUCAUCAGCAGCAACAGCAACUUCACCAGCAGCAGCAGCAACAGCAACAGAGGAAUCUCUACUAUGCUAGUGAGCAUUAUCCAGGAGGCAAUGGGGGCAGUGCUGCCGGCGGCAAUCCGGGCUACUACUGACAACAACACUAGCAACAACAUUAGCAGCAACAACACCAACAACAACACCAACAACAACACUAGCAACAGCAGCAGCAACAACAAGAAGCCUUGGCUAAGCAAACAAAAAAAAUGUAUAUGUAAAAAACCGAAAACUAAAAAAGGCUUUAACAAAAAGGAGGAAGGAUAUAACCAAACCAGCGGAAAAUCGAAGGAGAGAUGCAGAGAGAGAGAGAGGAGAUGGUAAAGUGAGAUGACAGGCAGAGACUUGACGAAACAUCUAGUUAAAGUUGUGUUCAAUAAGAGCUAUUUAGACUUUUUCAAAACACUUUAAAUCAACUAUUGUGUCUGGUGAUUGGAUGUGCUUCCCAUUUCAAACCAUGUCAAAACACUACAUUUAUAGAAGCAAAUUUGGAAAUGUAAAUAAUGAAUAACGAAA